AUGUCACUGCGCGUAGCAGGACAGAGUCUGCGCAACUUCAGUGCCCAAUGUAGACCUAAUCCAAAGCUGUCGCUAUCUUCCUUUUCUCUACCCUCGCAUUUCUCUUCUCGAACAGUCAAUCAUGGCACACGUUCUCUUUCCUCGAAUACAUCCACAAUAGCCAUUCGGAACAAGUCCACCCCUAAAUUCGCAAAACGCUCUAUACAAACCGAACGAUAUCAAGGCUUUGCUCCUCCUACUCCCGAAUCUCUGGGAAAACCUGCUCCGCCAAAGCAGUAUCGACGUUCUAUAAAAUGGGGCAAGAGGUUACUAUACGUCUCUGCGGUCACAGGACUUUUAUACCUAAUUGAUACCCAAAUCUACGCCUCCGCAAUUACUCGAUCUCUGCGAACAUUCAGUCUAGGUCUGCUUGUGGCAAUAGACUACAAACUCAACUUUCGGCCCUACCCAUUUAUUGGUACAAUAGAAGACCUGCAUAGAAGGAACGCCGAGAGGUUGUUCGAACUACUACAUCAGAAUGGAGGGCUGUAUUUGAAGAUUGGACAAGCGAUUGCUAUGCAGAGUGCGGUUCUGCCACCAGAGUUCCAGAAGAUGUUUUCGAGGAUGUUUGAUGAUGCGCCGCAGAAUGACUGGGCGGACGUGGAACAGGUUAUACGGGAAGAUUUUGGCAAGAGUCCAGAAGAGGUAUUCGGUGUUUCUUUUUCGAAUGAGCCUGGGAAGGGAGUUAUGGAGAAGAAGGCAAAAGCUUCAGCAUCUGUAGCUCAGGUUCAUUGGGCGAGGUUGGCAGAUGGAAGAGAGGUUGCGAUUAAGGUACAAAAGAGGGAGAUCGCCCAUCAGGUGGGGUGGGAUUUAUGGUCCUUCAGGGUUGUAAUGAAAGUCUACACCUACUGGUUUGACCUCCCUCUCUACAAUCUAGUCCCAUACAUCACAGAACGGUUAAUGCUGGAAACCGACUUUGUCAAUGAAGCCGACAACUCAGUAAAGAUGGCAGAACUAGUAGCUGGAGAGCCCCGAUUACGAGGACGUGUCUAUAUCCCCAAAGUCUACCGAGAGCUAUCUUCCAAAAGGAUCAUGACCGCAGAAUGGAUUGAAGGAGUCCGUCUCUGGGACAAAGAAGCUCUGGGCGGACCCUGGCGAGGAGGAAGCGGUGGCUCACCCGGUGUAGACAGGACACCCCUUUCCGCACCCCCCUUGCCCCCCAACGACGGAACCGGAAACCUCAAACCAGAGCGCAACGAAUGGAAAGGACCUUCAGGCAAAGGCGGCCUCGGCCUCUCCUUGAAAGAAGUAAUGACAACAAUGGUCGAUCUCUUCUCUGCACAGAUGUUCCUCUGGGGUCUCGUGCACUGCGAUCCCCAUCCAGGCAACAUCUUCAUCCGCCGCAAGCCCAACGGCCACUCAGAACUAGUACUAAUCGACCACGGCCUCUACGUCUCCAUGACGCCCGCGUUCCGCCACCAGUACUGCCAGUUCUGGAAAGCAAUCAUGACGUUCGACAACGCGACACUCAGCGAAGUAACAAGUGCAUGGGGCGUCAAAGCCCCCGAUCUCUUCGCAAGCGCUACGCUCAUGAAGCCGUACGAGGGCGGAGACAGCAGUACACGGGAGCGCAUAACCAGGGACCUGAAAGGCAAAACGCCCGCUGAGAGGCACUUCGAGGUGCAGGAGCGCAUGCGCCAGGGCAUCCGCGACAUCUUGUCGGAAGAAGAGAAUUUCCCGCGCGAGCUGAUCUUCAUCGGCCGCAACAUGCGCAUCGUGCAAGGCAAUAACCAGUUCCUCGGCUCCCCUGUAAAUCGCAUCAAAAUGACGGGCAGCUGGGCGAGUAGGAGUCUAGUCGAUAGUAAGGAUUUGUCGUUUGCUGAGCGCUUUGUGAACGGGUGGAGGCAUGUACUGUUUCGGUUCGUGCUGCUGAGUAGCGAUGUGGUGUUUUAUACUAGUAAGUUGAAGCAGUGGUUUGGGUUUGGCAAGGGCAUGGAGGAUGAUAUUGAAAAGCAGAUGAGGUUUCUUGCCAAGGAUCAGUUUGGGGUUGAGUUGCAGCAUGGGGUUUUUGAUGGGUAG